GAAAAAACUCACAACCGUUUACUCUGUCCGGACAAUAAUCGUAGUUAGUCAUAAUCAACAAGACAACCCGGAAGAGACGGAUAUAUCUAAGAAUAUUACACAGCAUGGACUUCAUGUAAAUAUCGUUAUAGCAAGAUGUGAAAUGACCCAGGAGAAAAUACCGACUGAGACCAACGACAUCAUGUUGGUCCGAAAUAUGAGAGAUGGGACCCCUCACACCGGCCGUGCCAAGGUGUCCCAUGCAGUUGUGGUCAUCUUUCUAGAGUUCUUUGCUUGGGGACUGCUUACAACACCAAUGCUGACUGUUCUUCAUGAAACGUUUCCCCAGCACACAUUUCUUAUGAAUGGUCUGAUUCAAGGUGUUAAGGGGUUGCUGUCAUUCCUGAGUGCCCCUCUGAUAGGUGCCUUAUCAGAUGUUUGGGGCAGGAAGUCCUUCCUGCUGGUUACAGUGUUCUUCACCUGUGCCCCAAUCCCCCUAAUGAGGAUAAGCCCAUGGUGGUAUUUUGCCAUGAUAUCAGUCUCGGGCAUCUUCGCUGUGACUUUCUCUGUAAUCUUUGCGUAUGUAGCAGACAUCACUGAAGAACAUGAAAGAAGCACAGCAUAUGGACUGGUGUCCGCAACGUUUGCCGCCAGUUUGGUCACUAGUCCAGCCAUUGGCGCCUACCUUUCUGCAAAUUACGGCGACAGUUUGGUGGUGCUAGUGGCCACUAUCAUCGCCGUGGUGGAUAUCGCCUUUGUCCUGUUGGUCGUGCCAGAAUCUCUCCCAGACAAAAUGAGACUGACGUCCUGGGGGUCGCCUAUCUCUUGGGAGCAAGCCGACCCCUUUGCUUCUCUUAGGCGAGUGGGAAAGGACCCGACAGUGCUGCUCAUAUGUGUCACAGUGUUCCUGUCCUACUUGCCAGAGGCAGGCCAGUACUCCAGCUUCUUCCUCUACCUGCGACAGGUUAUUGAAUUUUCACCUGCAGCAAUUGCUGCUUUUAUAGCAAUGGUCGGGAUCCUCUCUAUUAUCGCUCAGACAUUGCUCUUAACCUAUUUUAUGAGAACUAUCGGGAAUAAAAACACAGUGUUACUUGGACUGGGGUUUCAGUUGUUCCAGCUAGCCUGGUAUGGCUUUGGAUCAGAACCAUGGAUGAUGUGGGCCGCGGGUACAGUCGCAGCCAUGUCCAGUAUCACCUUCCCUGCAGUCAGUGCUUUGGUGUCCCGGAUAGCAGCCCCUGAUCAGCAAGGUUGUGUCCAGGGAAUGAUUACGGGUAUCAGAGGCCUAUGCAAUGGGCUGGGUCCAGCUCUGUACGGCUUCAUAUUCUUCCUGUUCAACGUGGAGCUGAACGAGCUUGACCCUGUGACAGGAAGAAACAAAAGCACACCUCAGGUGCCCAGCGAGAAACCGACCAUCCCCGGGCCGCCCUUCCUGUUCGGAGCCUGUUUAGUGUUGCUGGCUCUCCUUGUGGCCAUCUUCAUCCCUGAGCACCACAGUAUAGCGGUGAAGACCUGCACGGGCACACGCAAAACCAGCACCAGCAACAACCUGAGUUUAAACCCCCUGCCUGCCAGCGACGAGGAUAUCGAGCCCCUCCUGCAGGACAGUAGCAUGUGACUGUCUGAGAGGGACUCCAACAUGAGCGCCCCCUAAUGGCUCCCUCAGCACACUCAGCCGUAGCGGAGAGACCAACGUCAACCAGCAGCAGCCGGCAUGGAGCCAUUCAGGGUAUACCCUUCAACCACAUUGAACACACACUUCUGUUUCUAUGAUUAGGGAGCGGUCUUUUGUCCAGCGAGAUGGUUUUAUCAUUUACUGUGAUUUUACAAUGCGACAAGGACAGAAUGACUUCUUAAUGCACCGGGUUGAGUGACAUGGUGUGUUUUGGUGUCAAACAUUGGCCUAGACAGUGUUUGUGGAGUUGAAGAGAUAGCAAGCUCUGCUAGUUUCUCAUAUGCUUAAAGUAAAACUUCCCCCUCCUAUUAAUGGGUUAAAAGGCCAAUUGAUGCUCACUCCAGCUUUAUGUUAAUAAUAUGUUGACCUGUAUCUCAAAGUUACUGUGCAAUCUAGAUUGUAAACGGAUUGGUGUAUAGUUAGGUAAAUACACCAAAUUACCAAAAGUAUGUGGACACCUGCUCUUAGAACAUCUCAUUCCAAAAUCAUUGGCAUUAAUAUGGAGUUGGU